UCAAAAUCAGCACGCCGCCAGCCUCCUCCCACCUACACCUCGCAUUCCGUGCCGGCCUAACCCGCCGCCGCCACUUGGCGCUGCCCCAACGGGCGAGCCGCCACCUGAACCCGCCGUCGCCGCCGCCUAGGGCCAAUGGCCGCACGCCACGUCCCCUGCCAGCGCCUCCCUCCUCCCACCUCAUGUUGGCCUGCCCGACCCAGAUCGAGGCCCGCUCGAGCCCAUCUGGGCCCGGACGAGCCGCAUCGCUGCCCACAACCGCAAGAGCCACGCUGCCCUCGAGCUCCUUCGCCACCAACCCUCGCGUGACGCCUCCCACCGUUGUUCGCUGCUCCGGCGGGUCACCGGAGUCCGCCGUCGCCGGUGACCAGUCAGGUCGCGCUGCCGUUCUCCACCUCCUUCUCCCUGCCUUUCUUUCCUCUCUCUCUCGUCAUGCCUCACCGCCAUGAGUGCAGCUGCAGGAGCUUCGCCACCACCAAUCUGGUAGGAGUCGCCAUCCUCGUCCUAGAGCCGGCUGGAGCUCGCCCGUCGGCCCCGGAUCCGACCUCCGGCGCCGUUCCCGUGCCCCUCGCCUCGCCGUUUCCUGAAGGCCGUGCCGCCCUGCUUUCCCUCGAUCCCCUCUGGAUCGAGGAGGAGGACGACGACAGGCACGCCGACCGCGUGGGCCGCAUCCAGCGCCGAGCCGGCCCACCGCUCCUCCAACCUGGGCUGAAGCCCACUGGUGUUGCUUCUUCGGGUUGGUUCCGAUAACGUCGUGUUGUGAGGAUUCGUUCGUCUACGUCCGUUUGUCUUUGCCAUGGACUCGUUCUUCUUCCUUGCGGGAUCUCAGGCA